AUGAAGGACCUAGGAGAAGUUUCUACAAUACUCGGAAUGCAAAUAACUCGAAAUCGUGAUAACAUAAAAAUAGAUCAAUCAAAAUAUAUAAAUGAUGUUUUAUAUCGUUUUGAAAUGAACGAGUGCAAUCCAAUUUCAACACCGAUUGACACUAAUCAGAAGCUAUCCGUGUCCAUGUGCCCAAAGAAUGAAAAUGAGAGACGGGAAAUGUCAAAGGUUCCUUAUAUGCAAGCAAUUGGAUCUUUGUUGUACGCAGCACAAGUGUCACGCCCAGACAUCACAUAUGCAGUAAAUAUAUUAAGUCGAUUCAGCACUAAUCCAGGGAGAGCUCACUGGGAAGCAGUGAAGCGUGUCAUGCGAUACUUAAAAGGCACGGCAACUGUAGGUCUAGAAUAUAAAUUUGAUGUGGAGAUUUCAAUUGUUAGAUACUGUGAUGCUGACUGGGCUGGAAAUACAGACGACCGCCAAUCGACCACUGGAUAUAUAUUUAUAUACCAAUCUGCUGCAAUAUCUUGGUUAACAAAGAAACAAAAAACAGUAGCUCUGUCAUCUACCGAGGCGGAGUUCAUGUCUCUAACAGCUGCUAUGCAGGAGUCAGUCUGA